GUUCUCGCGCCUCAGUCCGGCUUUCAAUCCGUCCGCGAGCGCAGUCAACGCUUCAGCCCGGCGUCUUCUUUGGAAUUUCCCAUUAAACAAUAUAUAUAAAUAUAUAUCUCCAGCCGUCUUGAGCGCAUUUAAGACGUCAGAAACAACCCGAGGAAGAGCAAGUGGACGCGAAUUAAGUGUUUUUUUUCUUUUCUUUUUCUCUUUGGCCAAUCUCAGUCUUUUUAUGUGGGUGACUGAAUGAGAGCGUCCCUCCACGGCGGUCCCCGCGGGGUGUAACGCGAAGGCUACUUCUUCCUGGGUCCAGUUUGUGUGGAACAGUGGGUGGAAGCUUUAACCGGAGGCUUCAGAAAGUAUUGUAGGGGGAGAAGAGACACCCUCCACCGCUGACAGGUCCUCAAAGUUAUUACCAAUGGAGCCCCGGCUGACAGCCAAUCUGAGGGGGGUGUUCGUCUUCAUCAUCCUCCUCUCUACAGGUUCAAGUAAAAAUGACAUCGACUUCGCUUUUUGUGGGACCUGGCGCCACGUCAGGGGCUCCCUGAGCCUGAAUAUCAGCCUCUCCCCGGGCUGCAGUGAGAUCUCCAUCUUAGCAGAUCGGAGCUCUCUGUAUGUCGAAGGGAAGAUCACAGCACAGUGCAGGCGGUCUGAAGUGAUUCCCCUCGAGCAGCUCGGCCUCGACUCCGAGGAGGAAACUCCAUUCUGUCUGUACUGGGAGCCACUGCUGGACCAGCUGAAGCUGCAGGUCGGAGGGAAGAACCUCACUCUGUGCUGGCCCGCCAGCCUGCAGGGCUCCUGCUGCACUGAUCUUACUCACGGUAACAACACACCCGAGGCACCCUACGGCAUCGCCAAUGGCAGGGUCAAAAACGAUGCGAUCACGGACAAAAUCAUGACAGCCUACAAGUUCAGAGGAGAACCCAUUGACUACAAAGCAUUAUGUGAUCAAGAGAGCCAGGGAUCCACCCGAGUCAACAUGACUAUGUCCCCGGCCGUCGGGAAUAUGAAGCAUCCGUGCGCUCGCAGCUCUGAGGUGGACAUGGAGGAUUUCAGAAGCUACAACGUCACGGCGCCUCCCACCAAAGGUGGACGCGCAGAGUCCAUUACCACCACCGUCCACCUCCCCCUCGCUCUGAAGCAAGCUGCAAAAAAUAACAGAAGAGUCGUCUGCACUUUCUUCAAAAACAACUUCCUGUUCCAGGAGGGUCACAAAGACGUCAGGAUUAUUGACGUUGUGGUGGGAAUCAGCAUCGAGAACGAGGUCAUUGCCAAUCUAUCUCAGCCAAUCAUAAUUGACUUUCACCAUGACAUCAUACCUAAACUGCAUUCAAGGAAAUGCGUGUCAUGGGACACCAGGAAAGAUUCGUUGCUGGUUAAUUGGUUGGUAGAUGGAUGCGAGACGCGACAGAAAGGAACAAAACACACCGAGUGCCUCUGUAACCAUCUGACUUACUUCACGGUGCUGGUGCAAAUGGAGCCUCGCCCAGUGCGCCACCUCCUGGCCCUGACCGCCAUUACAUCUCUGGGCUGCGCCGUGUCUGUGAUCAGCUGUGUCGCUCUUAUUGUUUUCCUCUGCAGGAAGAGCAGGCGCUCUAAGGAGCAGUCCAUACCCAUCCACCUGGGCUUAGCCGUGUCUCUCGGCCUCCUCAACCUGCUCUUCUUCUUCACUGCGGUCCUGGCCAAUGCGGGAGGGGAGAGCGUGUGCGUCUGGGUGGGGGCGGGCCUCCACUACACCCUGCUCAGCUCCUUCACCUGGAUGGGCGUAGAGGUUUUCCACACCUUCUGGUUGGUCCACAUGGUUUUCAGCCCCUCCCCGAAGCCCUAUGUGUGGAACCUGGUCGGCUUCGCUCUCCCAGCCGUUCCUGUAAUCAUCCUGGCUGCAGUCGGUGACAUUUAUGGACUGAGAGAAGUGGUGCCAAGCGAUGACGUCUCCAAUCCUUAUCGGAUGUGCUGGAUGAAAAACACCCACGAGGCUUUGCUGGCCCACUAUUUCACCAACAUGACAGUCCUGGUCCUCCUGGUGUCCUCGGGCAUCGUGAUGCUCUUCCUGGUCUACAGGGAGAUCCGCACCAGGGAUGAAUGGAGGCAGAACCGCGUGGCUUUUCUCAGCAUCUGGGGCCUCAGCUGCCUCUUUGGGACAUCUUGGGGUUUGACCUUCCUGGACUUUGGGUUCCUCUCUGACGUCGUCCUCUUCCUCUCCUGCAUCCUCAACUCUUUCCAAGGUUUCCUCCUGAUGCUGCGGUUCUACAUGCUGGACUGGAUGCGGAAGCAGGCCGGCGACUCUGCUCUGGGCAGCACCAGCACCGGGUCGACCCGGCAACACAUGCUCGAGGCACCGGAGAAGAGUUAGGUGGACUUUGCGUUGGCACGGCAACGCUCCAGCACUCAAGCUUUUUAUGUAAAAAACAACAACAAACAAACCAAAUACAGUCUUCUUAUCAAAGUCACUGACCAAAUGGAGAAGAACUGUUCGCUGUAGAUUCGCUGUGUCUUCAGCUGGAGAGAAGCAAGCCCUCUGUACGUCCUCCCCCGCCUCUCAGUCCUGCUCCACCUCAUCGGAGCACCAGCUCAUCCAGUGUCAUGGACGUAGUCAUCCUCGUGGGUGCAAAUGGCAUUCGUCAGUCAUCUCUCAUCAGACGUUGGAUCUAUUUUUCAGUAAGUGUUGUUUGUGAUGGAGAUGAGCUAAAUGGAAUCAACACCUCGCUGGAAGUAUUUGAAUAACGCCAUCCGCUUAGCGGUUCAACAAGAAAAGGACUUGAUUGCUUGAUUCAUCUUCUCUGGGACAGCCUGUAUUUGUAGACGGCCUCGGCUCGGUCCAGUGGAGAAGGGAAAGAAUUUAUUUGAGAUUCUAAAUUAUGAACUGGAUGUAAAGUUAAGCUUUGAAUCCAGACAGGGAAACAUUUUGUCUGUAAAGAAGAAGAAAAAAAUAAAUAUAUAUAUAUAUUAUUAUUAUUAUUAUUAUUAUUAUUAUUAUUGAAUAACCUUAGAUAAGCUUUUUAUUUUUUUAUUUGUACUUUACUUUUUAGCACUUUAGAUUUUCAAUCUUUUUAAAAAAUGAAACAAAAAUAGCUCAGUGAAUUGUCUUUUGUAUGGUUUUAAUUUGCAUAAUACAUGACAGCUUGUUUGCGACCAGAACUCUCCAUGUAUCUGCCGCUCCUUCUCCAAGAUGUUAGUGCUGACUGCUUCCUCUCUUGCACAAUGUGUAUCACUGCCAACCGGCCCAGACGCACAAGGCCAAAGGGACCUCCACCCAGACCCAUAAAUAUGGGAGC